UUGCUGUUGGUUUCAUGACGUCAUCGACGCUUGACAUUUUAUGAUCUGGGCAACGAUUGCGGCUGUGUUGGGGAUCUGUACGAAGUUCCCCCCACGAUGGCACGAGAUGUUUUGCGGAGUAGAAUUUGUGGCGUACGCGGAGAACUACUGGACAAUACAUCCGUGGUGGCGCAGCGCAGCGCAUGCGCCAAAGGGCAAUUGCCACUCCAACCAGCAGGGAUAUAUUCAGGCCAUCAGCUGUUGCAGUGUGCCUCACCCAUUCGAAAACAAUAAAUUGCUCCCAACUCCCGACGAUAGCAGGUGGACCGAUCAGCCAGACCCGAGCAGCAAACAAGGCGGGGUUUAUCGCGCAGCAAUGGUGGAAUUCUCGGCUGGUAUCAGUGCCGUUGCAAUCAUAGUCGUGCUCUUGAAAGGCCUGAUUGAAGGUCCUGAUCAUGCGAGGCUCAAUUUUGCGGACUUGAACUCGCAGUGCGAGACUUUGAAGAUGAACCUCGAGGCAGCGGAAGAAGAUUGUGCUGCUCGGUCACUCAGCCCAGCCCAGAAACAAAAUGUGGACACGAUGCUAGACAGAUGCAACGCGACGCUGGCAAGCUUGAGGAAGUAUCUGCAGCAAGGGAAAAGCCUCAAGAAGAACACACCACCCAAGUUGCAAGCAAUGUAUCGCUUCUCGAACGGAAAGUUGGCGGAAUGGAAAGAGGCAAUCCAGGUCGAGAGGAUCAAUAUCCUAACCAUCUUCUCGAUGAAUAACAGCGCUUCCAGUGCGAGAUUCGACGAAAAGCUCGAUCUUCUAACGGAAAUACUCAUUAGCAAAUUGUCCACGACACAACCCGCAUCGUCUGCAACCGUCCACGCACCUGAUCCGCACCAAGCGGGAAAGAAGGCCCGUUGGCUUGAGGCCCGCCAUCAGCUCGAGCAGAAAGGGGUAUUGCCCAAGAGCCUUGAUCAGGAUGAGGAUCGGAUCAUUUCCCAAGUCGCGAGUACACUCCACAAUGACUCCAAAACAGACGAUGACCCACAUGAAGAUGAAGCCAAUGAAAAGGAUUCUACGGUCCGCGCGGCUCUCCUUGCAGCAGCGGGGCAGAGCAGCUGGGACCAGGUACUGGAGCUUCUGGAGAGCAAGCGCAAUCUCGAUGUCCAUAAUCCUGAGACAGGACUAGCGUUCUCGCUGGCAGUCACGCAGCAUAGGUGGAAUAUUGUUGAGAAGCUAGUAAUAAUGGGUAUCGAUCCUGAUAGGAAGUCGGCGACAAAUGAACCUGCUAUCUGUGUCGCUGCUGCCAAUCAUGCUUGGCCCACGGUCAUGCUGCUCGCGGAACAUGGCGCCAGCCUCGAUCCCGAGAAAUCCCUCGAGGGUGACCCGAUCAUCAUUUAUGUCGCAAAAUUGGAGCGCUGGGACACGUUGAACUUGCUCCUCGAUUACAAGGCGAACGUGGAUGUUGAGGAUCGCGAAGGAAAAAGAGUACUGGCGUAUGCGCUGACAUCACUACUCAAGUUAUGGCCCAAGCUAGGAGAGAGAGAAAGGCUCGAAAUUGCAGGGGUUGUAUCACGUUUGUUGAGAAUGGGUGCGAAAGUGGGUGAAAAGGAGCUGGAGGCUCUUAUGUGGGCCAGUUCACCGGAGGAGAUGUGGCACGGUGUACUGAAUACUGAAGUGACUGUGGACGAUCUGUUGACUCUUCUCAACGGCCCUUCACUCGCCGAAGACUCGGACUUAUUUGUAAAUUAGAAUAAUAGAUAGUUUUCCUAAUCCAAGUGGUUUUCCAGUAGA